CGAGUGCGUAUCCCACUCCCCGUCCCCGCACUGAGCCGCCUCGAGCCAGGCCCGGCGGCACCACGAGCCGGCCCGGCGGCGGUUGGUCGGAGGAUCACGUGAUCUGAGGGCGAAGCCUUUUGAGAGACGCCCCCGGGCCCCGCUGCCGGCCAGGGAAGCGGACUCGGGGGGUGUCGGGUCACGUCACGCGCCCCUCUUUGUUAGUUGGCCCGGGCACCGGUCUUGAGCAGACGCGUCGGUGCGGACGGAGGGAGCCGCCGAGGGGAACUUAAAUCACUGCAGGGGGCCGCUCUCGCGGGAGACUCUAGUCCCCUCGCUCGGUGCAGGGCCCCGGGGUGGUGCUGGGGCAAGCCUCGGUCACGGGGCACGGCCUCGUCUUCGAGCCUGUGUCCCGGAGAGGGGGCUGCAGCGUGAUCCUCACCUGGCGCAGCCAGUGGCUUGCGCUCCCCAAGGGAGGCGGCCCCAGUGCGCGCCCCUUGCUGCGCCCGCCCUGCAGCGCGGUGGGGCUGACACAAGCCCCUGGUGCGGGGAAACCGCAGGGAGUCUUGGCCGGGCGCUGCCGUCGCCGUUCUUCUCCAGUGCGCGGGUAGGUGGAAAAAUGGCUUGCAACAAUGACUGGUUUCAAGGUUCCAGAGUACCCAGUUUUGCUCAGAUGCUAAAAAAGAACUUACCCACUGAACCCCCUCCUCAAGUCUCUCCUCAGCCAUCUCCACACUCUGUGAAUAUGGGCCUGAUGUUUUCAUCUUCUGAAAAUUACAGCAUGCCAAAUUCAGCAUGUAAUGUGACACAAAUCACAGGUCAUGUUUCAGACUUGCUAUGUUCCAGAGCAGCCCAUCCACUUCCAAUCACUUCACUUCUUCCAAAGAAAAUACCAAAGGAGUUUAUACUAAAAUAUAAACGUGGGGAGAUGAAUCCAGUAUCUGCCUUGCAUCAGUUUGCACAAAUGCAGCGUGUGCAACUAGAUUUGAAGGAAACUGUUACAACAGGCAACGUCUUGGGGACUUACUUUGCUUUUUGUGCAGUGGUAGAUGGAGUUCAAUAUAAGACAGGAUUGGGGCAAAACAAAAAGGAGUCUAAAUCAAAUGCAGCAAAACUGGCUCUUGAUGAGCUACUCCAGUUGGAAGAUACAGCAUCAAAGGUUUUUGAAAGUUCAGGUCCUCCCCAGAUUCCUGCAGAACCCAUAGUUUCAGCUGAAUCGAUAUACAUGUCAAAGAUGCCUUAUGUAGAGAGAAGGCAUCUUGUGUAUGAAAAAUUUUCACGAGUUGUCAGGGAAACCUUUAACAGUCUGGCUGCCAAAUAUCCUGAGUACCAGAGUUGUAGAAAUUCACUGGCUGCUUUUAUAAUUGAAAAAGCUGGACAGCAUGAAGUUGUUGCUCUAGGCACAGGAGAAUUCAAUUACAGUCAGUGCAUUCAUCAUGGUGGGAGAGUGUUGCAUGACACUCAUGCUGUUGUUACUGCAAGACGCUCUCUGCUUAGGUAUUUUUACAGGCAGCUUUUGUUGUUCUACAGUAAAAAUCCUAUUAUGAUGGACAAAUCCAUAUUUUGUAUGGAACCAGCAUCAAGCCUGCUCAGUAUAAAACAAAAAAUAAAUAUUUUUCUCUACAUGAAUCAGUUGCCAAAAGGAUCUGCUCAGAUAAAGUCACAGUUACGUCUCAAUCCAAAUUCUGUAUCUGCAUUUGAAGCUAAUGAAGAGCUUAGUCUCCAUCUUGCUGUGGAAGGCAAGAUUUACCUAACUGUUUAUUGUCCCACGGAAGCUGCUAGCCGAGUAAACAGCAUGUCAGCUAGUGACAAAUUAACCAGAUGGGAAGUGCUGGGUGUCCAGGGAGCAUUGCUAAGUCACUUCAUUCAGCCAGUUUACAUCAGCAGUAUACUUGUUGGGGAUGGAAACUGCAGUGAUACAAGAGGACUAGAAAUAGCUAUAAAACAACGUGUUGAUGAUGCACUCACAUCAAAGCUUCCCAUGUUUUACCUGGUCAACAGACCUCAUAUUAGUUUGGUGACCGCUACACAUCCAGUUCAGCUAGACUUGGAGCACAGAUCUCUUAGUGUGAAUUGGUCACAAGGGGACACUUCAUUGGAAGUUGUGGAUGGUUUAAAUGGGAAAAUCACUGAAAGUUCGCCAUUCAAAAGUGGCACUUCAAUGGCAAGCCGUCUUUGCAAGGCUGCAAUGUUAAAUCGUUUCAAACUGGUCUCUAAGGAAGCGAAAAGAAGUGAUUUGCUUGAAGCUAGUACAUAUCAUGAAGCAAAGAUUAAGUCAGCACCCUACCAGGAAGCUAAACGUUUGCUGAAAAGCUACUUUCAGCAUCAUGGCUACGGAUCAUGGAUUGUGAAGUCUCCACAUAUUGAACAGUUCACCAUGUAACUACGAAGAUGAUAUAUUGGUUUUUAUGACCUAUUUAAAUAAAAAAGUUAAUUUUGCGAGUAAAAUAUUUGGAUAUUGUUAGUCUUAAUCUUUCAAAUCAGUGCCAUUUACAGGAAUAACAAGUGAAUGGCUCAAAGACUUUUAUUGUCAAUUUAAACACAAAUAGUAGACUACCUCUUGUAACAAAUAAGUCUUACUCAAGAUACCAGUGAUUGUCUAAGAUAAUCUCACAAAGCUGCUAUUAAAGAGUCUUAUCUGUAUUCUUUAGUGGUGGUCUCUAAAGACCCUGAUAUUUUUUCUGUCAAGUUUGCAAUAUCACAGAUUAUACAUUGACUUUCCUGCUUCUCACAGAUGUUUCUGCAGUGAAAUUUCUGUGAAAUUUGGCUUUCUUCAGAGGAUGCUAUUAAUGUUCUUUAUUAUUUAGUUGUAAGAGUGAAACAAGUUUUGAUCUCCGAAAUCAAUCUCACUAAUUCAGUGAAAAGUGAUGGUUGUUAAUACUGGCUCUGUGCAUCUUUUUUUUUUUGAGUUAAUUUAAACCAAUCUUCUUUGGAAUGCCUUAAUUUAGGAUUAGCCAAUGGAACACUGUAUUAUACAAGUCAGUGCAGGAGGAUAAUAAAAGCUUACUGAAUAUUUAGAGGUAAAACUUCAGUAUUGUUAAUAUCAAACUUUUACUUCUCAGAAAUGAUACUUUUUGGUGUUUGUCAAUGUUGAGCAUUUUAGCUUCCUAACUUUCAGUGAGUUUAGUAAUAGUGGAAAAGUGCACGAUUGAUAGCGUUGGACAAUGAAGUCUUUAGCCACUGUAAGUGUUGCAUAAGUAAUGGUGAAAGUUUCCCUAUAUUGCAUUGAUGAUGAGCUUUGCUCCUGACAUGGGAAAUAGGCCUGGUACUUUCCUCUCAUUUAGCUCUCUGAAGCCCACAAUGGGCUUUAAUAGCUUGGCUGAAUCCUUUGAGGACUGGGAUUACAACCCUCUUCGGUCUUUUUCCUGUACCCAAGAUGUGUUUAAAAGUUCUGAAUUAGCUUUCUUCAGAGUCAGUGUUCAGUUUCUUGGUGAAGUACGUGUGAGUGAGUGAGAUAAUUUAAUGGGUUAAAGAGUUGUGUCCUGUUCUAACAUUUUAUUGACAAAUUUUCAGAAGAGAGGAGAUCCCUACAGUUUUCAUUUAUGUAGGUUAAUGUAGAGUAGCUCCAUUAAGUAGCCCAUGGUUGUUUUAAGCAGCACUGCAGUUCAAGCUAUCUUGUCUUAUAAAAAUGUUGUGCCACACUAAGUAGCUGCAAAAUUUUAUAAUUGACUCAGCAGCUGUUUUUCUCUUUCUGAUCAGAACAGAUCAGAAUCUGUCUUUCUUCCCUCAAAAAAGCCACAGAGGUCCCAGGCCAUGUGUUGUGUUGUCUUCUGAAAGCAGAUCAAAAUAGUAAAACUGCUGUGCAUCCAGUGUACAUAAAUCACAUUUGUUUUUACACCAAAAUCUCAUUUAAGCUGUUACUGUCUUUAAGUAUUCCUUCCCUAUCGCACUAAUUUUUUCAAUUCUUCAUAUUAUAUCAUCAUCAUCAUCAUAAUCUUUCAUAUCAACAAUGUCUUGACAGUUACUGGGUGUUCUGUUCCAGACCAGCAGUAAACCUUUCCCUCAUUUAUUAAAGAGCUUGUUAAAUGGAAACCCAUAGAGAUAAGACUGGGCAUAUUUUAGAAUCACAUUAGCUCAAACUUUGUAUAUUCAGAAACAGUUACAGUAUUUUUAUUGUCUUUCCAUCAUUGGCCUCGUUAGAAAUUUCAAGGUAGCAAAUGGUAUUGCGGUAUUCUGACAUAGGCCUCUCUACUAGUAAUUAGCGUGAUUCCUCCAACUCAUUUCUGUAGGCUACUAACAGAUGUCAGUGACUUUAGGUCACUGGUACCAUUGUGGGGUAUAAUCAAAAUAGUGACAAAAGGGUGAAAAAUGCUGGGCUCCAUUAUAAGUCUAUUAAGCAGAUUCAUUCCCUAGAUAUAAAGCAUCAGCUGCAAAACUGUUGGCCAAAAUGGGUGUAUUUUCCUUAAGUUACAGUAGUAAUACUGAUUUAUUUUCAAGAAAGAAAAUUUAAAAGGGUGUUAGUUAAAUACCUAUUCCUGUUUUAUGUUUUUAUAGAAUAUUACUAUACUUUAUACUUUAAAAAAUAACAAUCAGUUUAAUUUUGCUGUUUGACUUUUUGUGUUUCACUCAAGAUGCUGAAAGCUGGACUUAUGUAUAGUCAGUUUCAUUUUGUACUCCGAGCGCAGUGCUGUAAAGUGGGUUUGAGCUUGUUGAAGGAGGAGGGGUAUACUAAAACAAAAGCCUGUUUUCCAUUUUUGUGUGUUUAUAUCAAUAACUGCUUGUAUGUGGUUGAGUAAAAUGAACAGUAGGGCCUUCAAUAAAACCAAGAGUUCUAUCAGAUGUGGGUUUUUUAUUUUCUUGAUGUAGGGAAGAUGGUUUUAAAUAAAAGCUUUUUCUCAGAA